CAUCAGUCACAGAGACGCUCGUGGACAUGUCGUCGCGCAAGGUUCCCGUCACCAUCCUCACCGGUUUCCUCGGCAGCGGAAAGACGACGCUUCUCAACCACAUCCUCGAGGACCCGAACCACGGGCUGCGGUUCGCGAUCAUCGAGAACGAGUUUGGCGACGUCGGCGUCGACGAGCGCAUCCUCUCGGAAAAGGCGGACGAGGAGGUCAUCGAGGUGAUGAACGGUUGCAUCUGCUGCACGGUGCGGGGAGACCUCGUCGUGGCGCUCAAGAAUCUCUACUCCAAGAUCUCGCAGUUCGACGCAGUCAUCAUCGAGACGACCGGCCUCGCCGACCCCGCGCCGGUGGCGCAAACCUUCUUCGUGGACGACGACAUCCAGGCAAAGUUCUCUCUGGACGCGAUCAUCACGGUCUGCGACUCAAAGCACAUCCUCGCGCGCAUCGACGAUGAGAAGCCAGAGGGCGUCGAGAACGAGGCGGCAGAGCAGGUCGCCUUUGCGGACCGGAUCCUGCUCAACAAGACCGACCUCGUCCCCGAGGCCGAGCUGCCCGCCAUCGAGGAGCGGCUCCGCAAGCUCAACCCGAGCGCCACCAUCUUUCGGUGCGAGAAGGGGCAGGUCGACCCCAAGGACCUCAUCGGCAUCUCCUCCUUCGACCUGCGCAAGACGCUCGACAUGGACCCCGAGUUCCUCAACACCGAGGGCGAGCACGAGCACGAUAACAGCGUCUCCUCCACGAGCGCGAAGUUCGAGGGCUUCCUCAACGUCAAGAAGCUGAACAUGUGGAUCUCGGACAUCAUCCAGGAGAUGGGCGCGAACCUGUUCCGCUACAAGGGCGUGCUGUCCGUGGCGGGCAUGGACGAGAAGUUCGUCUUCCAGGGCGUCGGCAUGCUCUUCUCGGGCGGAUUCAUCAACGCAAAGUGGGGCCCGAACGAGACGCGCGAGAACCGCUUCGUCUUCAUCGGAAAGGACCUGGACAAGGAGGGGCUGCUCAAGGGCUUCAAGGAGUGCCAGUGCUCCGAGCAGCUGCGCUUCAAGAUUGGGGACAAGGUGCGCGCGCGGGUGGGGAAGGACAUGGCCGAGGCGGACGGCUACUGCCCGGGCGUGGUGAUCAAGACAUGGGACCAGGGCAACGCGUACCGCAUCCAGCUGCAGGACUCCAAGAAGACGAACGUCUGGGGGCCGAUCGAUGAGGACGACUUCGUCAAGGCGGCGUGAGCCCCCGCCCCCCCCGCCCCCCCUUCGGCCACACCCGUUCGGAAGAACGCGUGCGAGAUGAGCGCGCCCUCGCAUGGGCAUAGAGAGAGAGAGAGAGGGAGAGAGAGAUACCAGCGGGUCUACUGGAAGUAGAGUAUUGAGAGGAGCCUCUCAAACAAAAGUGAAGAG